AUGGAAACUUCUACUUGGGACGCUUUGAAUAACUCAAUUCAGGAAUUGAGUGCAGAAGAGCAAGAAGCGAUUCGGAAUGUUCUCGAAAAGGAUUUGGAGUUUCAGCAGUCGGAGCAGAAUCGUAUUCGAUCCCUCUCCACAUGCGUUGCAAUCAAAAAGACAAGUCUCCAGGAGAAACGUCGAGCCAGUUCAGUUGCCGGAUCGGAAUCUUCUGAAAGUGGACUCUCCUCACCCGGAAAUAUUUCUCAUGGACGCACUUCUCCACUUCCAAAAUGGAACAAUCGUGUCUGUUCGAUCUGUCAGACGACGUUGGGAUACAUUUUAAACAGUGGAACCAAGUGUAAAAAGUGCGCUACACCACUAUGCGACAAAUGUGCUCAUUCCGUGACUAGUGGUACCACCCAAAAUCCACAGAAAUAUAGCUUGUGCACAGUUUGUUACAGCGAAAGAGAACUCUCCGCCGCAAAAAACGAAUGGGUUCAAGGAUCGGACGAAGCGGAGAAGACAUCCGAAAAACUUUUGAAUGCCAUGAAAAUUUCAGAGAAAAGGAAUUCAGUUCAGAUUCCAGCUACACCACCAGCGAUUAGUAAAGGAAAAGCACCAUACAAACGAAAUCUAACUCUCCCUGCCAUUCAAACCAACUUCUUAAGUGUACCAGAUGAAGCACCAGGUGUUGUUCAAUCGGCUGGCGGCAAUUCAAAUUUCUCUCCAAAGUUCUGGGGAGGUUCUCCAUCGCCAAGAAGUCCAAGAUCGUUUGGCUCCGCUAAUUCUUCCAACAUGUCGAUCAACUCUCCAGCACCCAACGACUCUCUUCGUGCUCUUCAUCCAAGAGAACCAAUCGGAAGUCCAGCUCCACGUCCAAUGUCCAGUACUCCAUUGACUGGAGUUCCUGAGGAUUCGACAAUCCAAAUCCCAACUGUCGAACGUCGUCGAAGUGCUUUCGAAGGAUCCAGAAGGUCAGGAAAACUGCGUCGUCAAAGCGAAGCGACAGUUCCCACUUUUCAGUUGAGCAUGUGCUGA